UGGCGGACACCGGAAAGAGACUCCGCUCCGCCACGCACGGGGUUUCCAAGGCUGGUAGAGAAAAAGGAAGGAGGGAGGGGCGUGGAGCCGGCUGAAGGACUACAACUCCCGGCGUGCGCCGCCGCCAGGAAAGCCCAGAAUGGCAUGAUGGGAGCGGUAGUUUGAAGGGAGAGGCGGUGCGUGGUGGUGGCGUCGCGGUGUCGACGCUGACAGUGCGGUUAAUCCGGUUGAGAAAGGAUCAUUGGGAGUUGUAUGCUGAAGAUGAAGUAGAGGGCGCUAUAAAGGAGAGGUUUGAUUGACAUGUGUCUUUUGAUUACAACCCCCCCCCACACACAAAACUGAUGGUUUUUAGCUUCUGUCUGCAAUGGAAGUUUAGCUGGCUCUUCCAUCAUGAAAGCCACCAACGUCAGAGCAAACAGGCGUUCCGUGUUGCCUCCCAUCAUCCCCGAGGCCGAAAAGGAAUUUCUGGACAGCAUCCAGUGUUACAUCCUUUCAGAAAUUGAGAAAGUAGGCUGUACUGAGCAAGGACCAGCAAAGGAGUAUUACAUAAUAUACAAAAAUGUGUUUGAAAUGAUAAUAGAACAUGUUAAUGCAUACAAGAACAUCCUGACUACAAUCAAGCAGGAAUACGAUGCCUUUAUAGAAGCGAUAAAGAAGGGCCAAAGGAAUGCCUUUUAUCUUCAUGGGAAAUUAAAAAUUUUAGCAUGCGAGUCUUCAACUCUCAUGUAUUAUAAGAAGAGAAUUAGUCAACUGGAAGAAAAGAUAAAAAGAAUUGAAAAAAAUUCUGCAAGAACUGAGAACUUGAUACAGAAAAUAAGAACUUUAAGGCUGACCCUCUCUGCAAAAGAAUCUCCAACCCUAAGCAAGAGGGUCAACCCUGCUAAGCACAUUCCAGGUCUCAGCAUGAAAGAUUCUCUUGAUAUCCAGGCUCUUACCAACCACCUGGCUCAUCUACAAAAGAGGGGGAAGGAACUGAAAGAAGAUAUGUUGACAAAAUACAUCCCUCUGGAGAAUACAGCAGCUAUUGAAGAGGAACUGAACCAUGCCCUUCUCCAGCGAAAUGUGGCUGAAAAGCAGAAUGAGGAGCUGAAGUUUUGCUUUUAUCGACUAACACAGUUGGCCAAUAUUGUGAGUAUCUGGGAGAGUUCAGACAGGAGCAUGGAAACCCUGCAGCAGCUCAUCUCUCAAAUGGUAGAAAAUGAGAAACUUGCAAAAGGUAGCAUUGUCUCUAGCAUGUCCAACGUAUUCGAACGCGACCCUUCCAAAAGCAAAGAGGCUGAAGACCUGAUUGAAUACAUUGAAAGGUUCAAUGAACUGUUUUCCCGUGGUCAGUUUGAGGCCGCAGCAAUAUACGCAGCUAACUGUCCAAGAGGAAUCCUCCGCAAUGAAGAAACCAUGGAAAAAUUUAGAAGUGUCGGCUCCAUUAAAGGGAAGAUGCUCCCUCAGCUUAUGUACUGUGAAGCUCUCAUAAGCACAAGCAUAGCUAUUAAGCAGCCACUUCCUGCCAAUCUGACAGCAGAAGCCAUCAGAUGUGCCUUAGCUGAGAAACGAUUAGACCUGGUGAUGCACUGGGUCACCCUGAACAGACUGGUAUUCUCUGAGCAAGCUGGCGAUGCGAUUUACAACUAUGCAAAGGUGGAUCAGCACAACAAAUCCCAGUGCUAUGCUUUGGCUCAGAUUGCCUACAGUGAGUGUGGGGUGCACAAAAAAGCCAUACUGUGCUUGUGCAAACAGGGACAGAUCUUUGGAGCUGUGGAUUAUCUUCGGAACUGCAAACGCUUCCCCAAAGAGGAUUACAUCUUCCUUCUACAACAUUGUCCGAGUGUAGAAUUGAUCCGCUGCCUAACUCAAAAGUGCAAUGGAAAACCACCCAUCUUCUCCCUCGGGGAAACAGUUCUCUCACUCAUCAACACAGAACACAGAGUUAUCUGCAUACGAUUGCUGGAGGAUAUUGCUAAGGAAGGCAGGGAUGUGCUGGAAGAAAUGAUUGUAAAUGAUCAAGACUGUACUGUGGAUGGCUGGACGGUGAUAGCCGAAAUAUGCCACAGUAUCAGGAGAGAAAAAUUAUCCAAGUUUCUUAUCUCAAUCCUGGCUCAGCAGGAAGGAGUGGUUGAAGUUCCAGAUGAUAAGGAGGAUGCCAAGUUAAUGGAUCACGUUUUCUUGUAAUUCCCCUGCAAAGCACAUGGGGGAGCUCUUUGCCCUAGGAGUCACUUCAGCUGUGUGAACAAGCAACAAAACGGCCUGUGAAUGUGCUUUCUUGUGAAAAAACGUAAUACAGUUAAUACUCGUGUGCCUGUUCUUACUGGGACAUGUGUAUGUCAUGGCAAAAUAUGGCCAUAUUAUUUGAAGUCUGUAUUAGCCACAAAUUCCUUUUUGGAUACAGUUGCCC